GUCAUGUGCACCCAUGUGCAGACAUGCGUUCACGUAUGCACAUGACCCACUGUGCAUAACGGUACAUUGAAGUAAGUUCUUAAUCGCUGAUUCCGCCUUGACUUCAUAUUUGUUUACCUGGAAUUGUUGCUUGUAGCUUGGAAAGUUGACCGUUUUCGCGGGGUCCAAGUGACAAGCAACAACCAAAAAAAGAUCAGUCUCGCUUUUAAAUCUCAAACCCGCGCAUCGUAUUCUCUCCCCCUCAAAGUGAACCCAAGUGAAGUGAAAAGCAAAAAAGUGAUCUUACAUAUAUACAUAUAAACAAUCGUUAAAGAAAAGAACAUUACAAACAGUGAAACAAAAAUUAACAAACUCAAUUUUCAGACGUGAAGAAGACACUAAGAUACAACAUAAACCCACAAGAAGACCCAAAAUCAACACAACACAUGGUUAAACCAUCAAAGUGCGGGACACCAAAAAUAAACACAAGUGCGGGCCACUCUACACACCAUCAACCAAUUCCUAUAUCCUUAGACCCAAAAUCAAAAUGUGAAAUAACCUACUUACCCUCUAAAAUUAAAUUUUCCUACUUAAAGCUAAAGUUAAAAUUUCCUAUCCAAAACUAAAAGUAAAAUUCGCUACUUAAACUAAGAAUAAAUUGUGCUACUUCAUCCUAAAAGAAAUUAACUACUUAAUGCUACAUGUACAAUUGUCUAUCUAAAUUUACCUACAACAAAAGACUGAAUUCGAUUUACUACUUAUAAAUAAUGAAAUGAGCAACAAACACAAUAAACCAUUACAACAGCAUUGAAUUUUAAACCUAAUUCUCCCUCUGAUUUUUUAUUUCGAAAGGCAAAACCCUUAGUUUGACCCCAAACAUUUGGUCCUUCGAACCGGAUAAGUGGUUUUUUUAAAUAAUUAAAAAACCAAAAAUCAAAAAAAUUUUUCUGUUUUGUGCCCAAAAAUAAUUCAUUUUCAUUUCAAAAAACCCAGUGACCGAAACACAAAAAAAUUCGCAACAACAAAAGUGCAGUGACCCAACAAUUAAAAGCAAAUGAAAUAGAGAAAAGUGCGAAAAAAGGGUUGGUUACACACAACCGUACAUACAUACACGUAUGGACGGACGGCCAACACAAAAAUAUCAAAACACAUAAAAGAUCAGUUUUGGCAAUUUAUUAAAAACAAAAUAAUACACAAAUCACAAAUUAAAAAAUAUAUAGCGGCUCUCAGUGUUCUUCGUUUGGUUGUGGCAUUUAUUUUAUUGAAAAUUUGAUAAAAUAUUCCAACCAAAUGAAGAUCAAAACGAAAUAACAAAAGAAAAUAAUAACCAAAUUGCAAAGUGACAAUUAAAGUACAUAAAGACUCAAAUAAAACAAAAACUAAUUAAAUUAACAGGGUGACCCGUGUAAAAAUAAAAAUAAUUAAUUAAAUUUUAAUGUGCAAAAAAUUGACCCCAAAAUCAUUAGAAGUUGUGUAUUUUAACUUAAAAAACAAAUUAGAGUGUUAAAACAGAAUUAUGGGUUGCUCGAUAAAUUUGUAAAUUUUAUCCCAAACUAAUUCUUUCUUUUUCUAUCACACAUAAAAUAUUGUGCAUUUUCAAAAAACCCCAACAAAAUCAAAUUCGUGCGUUCCGUGUAAAAACACAAAAACAAAAAAUCUACGCUCUGGGAUAAAAACGGAAAAACCCGCUACAACGGUUAAAUUCCCAAAACUUCAUCAAAUCAAAAACACUAAAACAACAAAAUCCAAGACUCUAACGACACAAAGCUACAAAAAUUGCAAAAGGCGCCAACACACAAUUCUGGACCCAAGCCAAGCGCCCACCUACACACACACACACAUACACACACAUCAAAAAAGAAGCUUCAAAAUAAUGGCCGGAUAUUUACCUCGCCCAGAGUCCCCACGACCCGCCAGACCCACACGCCCUCGCUUCGACCCACGGGAACCCAGGUAUCGCCCCGCAUCUUGGCAGUAUGCCUGUGGCCUCUGCCAGGAGGACCACGCCAUACGGUCAUGCCCGCGGUUCCGGCAAAUGACACCGUAUCAGAGAUACGAGACAGUUGAGAGACGGAGUUACUGUCGGAACUGUCUGGCGCGCAGCCAUCUGGCCCCAGACUGCCCCGUGGUCACUGCCUGCCGAACAUGCGACUACCGCCAUCACACAAUGCUGCAUGGAGCCCCACAGCUUAGGGAGACAUACGGCAGCUACAGCCCGCCCCCAAUGGAGAUUGCCAACCCACGGCAACUUGCAAUCGAACCAGCCAACCAGAUGCCCAUCGUCCAAGGCCCUCCCCCGGUCGAGAUACCUUACAGCCGGGCCACUGUUUUUGUACCCACGGCGAUGGUGGAAUUGGCACCCGAGGAGCAGGACGAUUGGGCUGGGGUACGGGUACUUUUGUGCCAGGCAUCGACCAUCACCCGAAUCGCGGCAGCCACAGUAACUCGCCUGGGGAUACCAACGAGAGAGCGCAGAGGGCACCGUCUGGCAACAAUAAGACUUCGGUCAAGGCAUGCGUCGAGGAGGACCAUGUAUACCAUCCGGGCAGUGGUGACCCGGGAUUUGCCGCGACGACCCUAUUCAGAUCCCAUCAUUCCCGACCCCACAAGCAGCCUAAGAUCCCUUUCUUUGGCAGAUGCUGACCCUAGGGGCAACGAACCAAUCGAUGUAGAGGUAGGGGCCGAUGCCUACGCCCACCUCCGGAGGAGUGGUGUUGUACAACCCGGAUUGGGAGCCGUCUUCGCCCAGGAGACAGAUUGGGGAUACGUGUUCGUCGGCCCAGUCACCUCACAGGCAAGAAACCAAAAUUAAAAAGGUAAGAUGUCACUUCGUCACUUGGAGGGGGAGAAUGUUCAAAGUACGUUUGAACAUGAAGUCAUGUGCACCCAUGUGCAGACAUGCGUUCACGUAUGCACAUGACCCACUGUGCAUAACGGUACAUUGAAGUAAGUUCUUAAUCGCUGAUUCCGCCUUGACUUCAUAUUUGUUUACCUGGAAUUGUUGCUUGUAGCUUGGAAAGUUGACCGUUUUCGCGGGGUCCAAGUGACAAGCAACAACCAAAAAAAGAUCAGUCUCGCUUUUAAAUCUCAAACCCGCGCAUCGUAUUCUCUCCCCCUCAAAGUGAACCCAAGUGAAGUGAAAAGCAAAAAAGUGAUCUUACAUAUAUACAUAUAAACAAUCGUUAAAGAAAAGAACAUUACAAACAGUGAAACAAAAAUUAACAAACUCAAUUUUCAGACGUGAAGAAGACACUAAGAUACAACAUAAACCCACAAGAAGACCCAAAAUCAACACAACACAUGGUUAAACCAUCAAAGUGCGGGACACCAAAAAUAAACACAAGUGCGGGCCACUCUACACACCAUCAACCAAUUCCUAUAUCCUUAGACCCAAAAUCAAAAUGUGAAAUAACCUACUUACCCUCUAAAAUUAAAUUUUCCUACUUAAAGCUAAAGUUAAAAUUUCCUAUCCAAAACUAAAAGUAAAAUUCGCUACUUAAACUAAGAAUAAAUUGUGCUACUUCAUCCUAAAAGAAAUUAACUACUUAAUGCUACAUGUACAAUUGUCUAUCUAAAUUUACCUACAACAAAAGACUGAAUUCGAUUUACUACUUAUAAAUAAUGAAAUGAGCAACAAACACAAUAAACCAUUACAACAGCAUUGAAUUUUAAACCUAA